ACUGAAAAUGUCUCAGAAUCCUGACAAGCUGCAUUCAAGUGAAGAAAAGUUGAGUGGUUUGGAGGAUGGUCAAGAGCAGAGCUUGGACAACCCAGAUCAGUCUGUCCGGAAAAGAAUACGACAGAGUGCUCCAGGGUCACUCAGAGAUGAUACACCAAAGUCUAGUCCUCCUCGGCCUGUGUCAAUAGAAGAGCUCAUGGAAACAGCUAAGGGAGUCACCAACAUGGCAUUAGCACAUGAAAUUGUUGUGAAUGGAGACUUCCAGAUAAAACCAGCUGAAUUACCAGAACACAGCUUAGAAAAGAAAGUAAGAGAUAUUGUGCAUAAAGCUUUCUGGGAUUGUCUGGAAGUUCAGCUAAAGGAAGAUCCACCUUCAUAUGAUCAUGCAAUUAAGCUAUUGGGAGAAAUUAAAGAGAAUCUCCUGUCUUUCUUGUUGCCUGGUCAUACUAGACUGAGAAGCCAAAUUACAGAAGUUCUUGACCUGGAUUUGAUAAAACAGGAGGCAGAGAAUGGGGCCCUUGACAUUUCUAAGUUGGUUGAAUUUGUUAUUGGGAUGAUGGGGACUCUCUGUGCUCCAGCUCGAGAUGAAGAAAUUAAGAAACUGAAAGAUAUUCCUGAAAUAGUUCCACUGUUCAGAGCAAUUUUCUCUGUAUUAGACCUAAUGAAAAUGGAUAUGGCAAACUUCGCUGUCAGUAGUAUUAGGCCAAAAUUAAUGCAGCAGUCUGCUGAAUAUGAAAGAAAGAAGUUUCAGGAGUUUCUUGAGAAACAGCCAAAUUCUUUAGACCUUGUCACCAAGUGGUUGCAGGAAGCAGCAGAUGAUCUUGCAAAGCUGAGACGUAAAAUGUUACCUUCCCACUGUAGUGAUGGUGCCACUGGUGGAACUUCCACCCUGUGUUCCACUGCUGUACAAAAUCAGGCCUAUCUGAAGCUCCUGAAGUGGGAUCAUGUGAACAGGCCUUUUCCAGAAACAGUGCUCAUGGACCAGAGUCGCUUCCAGGAGCUACAGCUGGAGCUGGAGCAGCUGCUCUUAGUGGGGACAGUGCUCCUGGUGACGUUCAGCGCAGCAGGCCCAGCGCUCGUCGAUGUGCCUGGAUUUGCUGAGCAAACCAAAACCAUUGUCAAGGUGCUGCUGACAGGAAUGCACCUCCCCUCGUUUAACCUGCAGGAGGCUCUGGCCACCAUCGGGGAGAAGGUGUGUGCUGAGGUGAACAGCUGCCUCUCCCAGCAUGGCUUUACACCAUUCUCAGCUGAGAGAGAGGCUGUGCUCAAAGGACAAAUCCAGGCAGUGGCCAACCCAGACAACACCAUAUGCAAGCUCAUAGAUUCUCGAAUUCAGAAGUUUCUGGAGAAUUACCUUGGAUCUAGUCACCAGAAAUCACUACCUGCUAUCCCUGGAGGCUUAGGCCCAAUUCAGAGAGAGCUGGAAGAGGUUGCUGCCAAGUAUGUUCGUCUUGUCAACUACAACAAAAUGGUCUUCAGCCCUUACUAUGAUGCAGUCCUGGGCAAAAUACUGACUAAGGAAGAAUCCCAACUUGUAGGGAAGUCAGAAGAACCAUAA